GGCGAUGCCGCCCUGCUGGAUGCUGCCAAGAAGGGCUGCCUGGCCCGGGUCCAGAAGCUCUGCUCCCCGGAGAAUAUCAACUGCAGAGACACACAGGGGCGCAACUCCACACCGCUUCACCUCGCAGCUGGCUACAACAACCUUGAAGUGGCGGAGUAUCUAUUAGAACACGGGGCCGACGUCAACGCACAGGACAAAGGAGGCCUUAUCCCUCUUCAUAAUGCUGCCUCUUACGGGCAUGUGGAUAUUGCAGCCCUUCUGAUCAAAUACAACACGUGUGUGAAUGCCACAGACAAAUGGGCGUUCACACCCCUCCAUGAAGCAGCUCAGAAGGGUCGCACACAGCUCUGUGCGUUGCUGCUGGCUCAUGGAGCCGACCCCACCAUGAAGAACCAGGAGGGGCAGACUGCUCUGGAUCUGGCUACGGCUGAUGACAUCCGAGCCCUGCUGAUGGAUGCCAUGCCACCGGAUGCCCUGCCCAGCUGCUUUAAGCCUCAGGCCACAGUGGUCAGCGCCUCUGUCAUCUCCCCUGCCUCCACGCCUUCUUGUCUCUCAGCUGCCAGCAGCAUAGACAACCUUGCCGGGCCCCUCACUGACCUGGCUGCUGCCGCUGCCACAGGGUCCUCCGGGGUGGCAGAUGGAGCCACUGGCACUGACCGCAAGGAAGGGGAAAUGGCAAUGCUGGACAUGAACAUAAGUCAAUUCCUGAAGAGUCUGGGCCUGGAGCACCUCAGGGACAUCUUUGAGAGAGAGCAGAUCACACUGGAUGUGCUGGCUGACAUGGGCCAUGAGGAGCUGAAGGAGAUCGGGAUUAAUGCAUAUGGCCACCGACACAAGCUCAUCAAGGGAGUUGAGAGGCUGCUGGGCGGCCAACAAGGUGGCAACCCAUACCUGACAUUCCACUGUGCCAGCCAGGGAACCAUUCUUAUAGACCUCGCCCCAGACGACAAGGAGUACCAGUCAGUGGAGGAGGAGGUGAGCUUUAUCAAUGCCAUCAUUCACAAAGGCUUUGAUGAGCGUCACGCCUACAUAGGAGGGAUGUUUGGAGCGGGUAUCUAUUUUGCAGAGAACUCCUCAAAAAGCAAUCAAUACGUCUACGGCAUCGGUGGAGGCACUGGCUGCCCAACACACAAAGACCGAUCCUGCUACCUGUGCCACAGGCAAAUGCUUUUCUGCCGAGUGACUUUGGGGAAGUCAUUCCUACAGUUCAGUGCCAUGAAGAUGGCUCACGCUCCCCCAGGACAUCAUUCAGUAAUCGGGCGGCCCAGUGUUAACGGCCUAGCUUACGCCGAGUAUGUCAUCUACAGAGGAGAGCAGGCCUACCCAGAGUACCUCAUCACCUAUCAGAUCCUUAAGCCUGAGAGCGCAGCGCAGUCUGCAGCAGGAGCCGAGCAGAAGUCGUAGUUACUUCAUGUUACACAAACUCACACAAAGACUCGAUGCUUGCUUCUUUUUCCCCCCAUUUGUAUUGCAAAUGCCUAAACACCGUUUUUAUUUACCAAACACAUUUCCAGUUUUCUGUCCAGUAGAGCCCAUGGUGACCAGUGCUUCAUGAGCAGAUAUGCUGUAAUACUCCUCAUGGUGAUUUUCUUUUAGUUUUUUUUCCUUUUUUCUGUUUUGGACUCGGCUGCAUGAUUUUACAGAAGCAUGUAAAGCCCAAUAGCGUGUGUGGGUUAGUUUUUUUCCAAUAUGUCUCCCCUCCUCACCAGUGAGAAGGAUGCCUGUAGAGACUUUGAAGUUUCAGCAUUAACAGUUUGCCACUCUCUGUCGCUUCAUACCUUGUGACUGUGGAGAAUCAGCAGCAGCCGCCUUCGCCUCACCUCUGCUCACACUUGCUGUCGAAACCUGAAACCUGUGGACUACUACAACCCUGUCGUGUUUGGGGUUCAAGACUGUAUAGACUGGUCUGUGGUUAACUGUGACGUUAAUGCUAACCUAUAACACUACCAUACAUGUAACAGGUUGUCAUUGCUAUGCUGUAAUGCUGACGUUCCAAACUUUGAACCUGAGAACACUACAAAGACUGAACUGCUUAACGGUGGCUUUAUUUAGGGUUGGGCACGAUCCGUUGAGAAAGGGCGUCACAGAGUUUGGGACUGUUUGGGAUAUUUCAGUACUGAUUUGCUGGUCAGUGCAAGGCAUCAUAACUACGCAGCUAAAUGUGUUUGUGUUGCUUACAAGUGGACAUCCUACAGCCAGUGAGCUCAAAGCACCCUUUCUGUCGCCAUGGUUUUACUCACAGACAUCACACCCAUAUGGAUUUGCACUUUUACGUAGAAAACUAUUUAAGUUAUUUUGAAAUUUAACUUGCAAGUUUGCGGAGGAAAAAUAUUUGUACAGGUUGUGUAAAUGUUUGUGUAUAACUGUUGCUGUUUAACAAUUUUUGAGUUAAACUGUAAAUGACAUCUGUAUUUUUCCUUUAAUGCCUUCUGAUUCUCC